UUCUGCAAUGCUCUGUCUGAUCUCCCUUCUUGCUACAGUUUUAACAAAGUUUUAAGAGUUCGCGUCACUUGGCUUGCGUCCUUGUCUCGUGGCCGAGGCUAUUGUCUGUGAGGUGAAGCGGAGCGCGGCAGUGCAAUGCGGUGUAGUGUCCAGUUACAAACAGUGCACUGUGCUGCUGCGAAGAGGCACCGCGACAGAAAUAUAUGGCUCUAGAGAGACGGCCGAGAGAGAGAGAGAGUGAGAGUAAGAGAGAGGGGGGGGAGAGAGAGAUCUGAGAAACUGCACAGUAGUCAGAGACUGACCCGGAGUUACUGGAUUUUGUUUUAAAUAGGAGAACGCAAACUGGGAUUACUCCACCUUUACCGUAUUUUUUCCCCCUGAGCCACAACACUCACCUUCUUCAGACUGGUUGAGACUUGCAGUUGUUCUCCUGCUAGAUGAAUAGGAGUAGUUGGAGACUUCACUAGGCGUGUCUCUAAUGCGAUUAGCUCACGGCCCAACAGGAAGUAACCGACUCCCCACCUUCCCAUGGCUCCGCCCCCCGUGGGUCGCCUCUCCCUUACCCGGCAUGCGGUGCUGCUGCUGCACUGCAUGCUGGUCCUGUGGGCUGGGGGCGUGGUUGGCAGGAGAGGGCCAGUGCUGCUGCCUGAGUCACCCUGUCACCGGGCAGAACACCCCCUCAUCUCACACACAGAUAUGGAGCCGUGGAUCCACAGGUUCCGGGCUGAGGGCACGGUGGAUUACUCCCAGCUAACCUUUGACCCCAGCCAGAACGAACUGAUAGUCGGAGCAAGAAACCACCUCUUCAGACUCAAUCUGGAGGACCUCUCGUUGAUCCAGGAGGCGGAGUGGCACUGUGAUGAGUUCACUAAAGGAGCCUGCUUCAGUCGGGGCAAGUCAGAGGAGGAGUGUCAGAAUUACAUCAGAGUGCUGCUGGUGAAUGGAGACAGACUGUUCACCUGUGGAACCAAUGCUUUCACACCCAUCUGCACCAACCGCACUCUGACCAACCUGACAGAGAUCCAUGACCAGAUCAGUGGGAUGGCCCGUUGUCCCUACAACCCUCUCCAUAACUCCACAGCCCUGAUCACCUCCAGCGGAGAGCUCUAUGCUGCCACCGCCAUGGACUUCUCUGGCAGAGACCCAGCUAUAUACCGCAGUCUGGGGGGGCUGCCGCCUCUACGCACUGCACAGUACAACUCCAAAUGGCUCAAUGAACCUAACUUUGUCUCCUCCUACGACAUUGGGAACUUCACCUACUUCUUCUUCCGAGAGAACGCAGUGGAACACGACUGCGGUCGGACCGUGUUCUCUCGCGCUGCCCGGGUCUGUAAGAACGACAUUGGGGGCCGCUUCCUAUUGGAGGACACCUGGACCACGUUCAUGAAGGCGCGGUUGAACUGCUCUCGACCAGGGGAGAUACCGUUCAACUAUAAUGAACUACAGGGGACGUUCUACCUACCAGAGCUAGAACUGCUCUAUGGGAUCUUCACUACUAAUGUGAACAGCAUAGCAGCGUCUGCGGUGUGUGCCUUCAACCUCAGUGCCAUCACCCAGGUGUUUGGAGGUCCCUUCAAGUACCAGGAGAACUCUCGCUCUGCCUGGCUACCCUACCCUAACCCUAACCCUGACUUCCAGUGCGGUACCAUAGACUACGGCUCCUACGUGAAUCUGACAGAGAGGAACCUGCAGGAUGCCCAGAAGUUCCUGCUGAUGAAUGAGGUGGUUCAGCCGGUCCAGCCUGUCCCUUACUUUAUGGAGGAUAAUAUCCGCUUCUCCCAUGUAGCUGUGGACGUGGUGCAGGGCAAAGACAUGCUGUUCCAUAUCAUCUACCUGGCCACAGAUUAUGGAACCAUCCGUAAGGUCCUGUCUCCUCUGAACCAGUCCAUGGGCAGCUGUCUAUUGGAUGAGAUUGAGUUGUUUCCGCCCAGGAGGAGACAACCAAUCAGAAGCCUCCUGAUCCUUCACAGCAGCAGUGAGCUGUAUGUCGGGGUCAGAGACCAGGUCAUCAAGAUACCACUGAUGAGAUGCAACUUCCACAAGACCAGAGAGGCGUGUGUGGGGGCGAGGGACCCGUAUUGUGGCUGGGACCUGGUGUUGAGGAAGUGCACCACACUGGAGGAGAGCGUCAGCAUGAGCCAAUGGGAACAGAGCAUUACUAAGUGCCCUGUGCGUAAUGUGACGGUGGAUGGAGGGUUUGGGUCCUGGUCAGGCUGGGGGGCCUGUAUCAAUACUGAUGGAGGCAGUGCUGGGUCCUGUCUGUGUCGGACCAGGGCGUGUGAUAACCCCACACCCCAGUGUGGGGGUCAGUCCUGUCAUGGACUCAACGUGGAGGUGGCCAACUGCUCCAGGAAUGGAGCGUGGACCCCCUGGACUCUGUGGGCUCCCUGCAGUACCAGUUGUGGCAUUGGCUUCCAGGUCCGCCAGAGGUCCUGCAGCAACCCCACCCCGCGCCACGGAGGACGAGUGUGUGUGGGGCAGAACCGAGAGGAGAGGUAUUGUAAUGAGCACCUGCCCUGCCCGCCUCAUGUCUAUUGGUCGGCCUGGUCGGCAUGGGAACGCUGCACGGUGCCCUGCGGAGGCGGCAUCCAAUCACGUCGCAGGACCUGCGAGAACGGCAACGAGUGCCCUGGGUGUGCCCAGGAGUACCAGUCGUGUAACACACUCCCGUGUCCAGACCUGAAGAAGACCACCCCUUGGACCCCCUGGACGCCGGUCAACAUCUCGGACAACGGCGGUCACUACGAGCAGCGGUUCCGGUACACCUGUAAGGCCCGCGUCCCGGACCCUGCCCUGCUAGAGGUGGGCCGACAGAGGAUAGAGAUGAGGUACUGCUCCAGUGAUGGCUCCACUGGAUGCUCUACUGACGGAGAGCUGCUGCUGUCGGGUAAAAUCUCUGGCCACACUGUGAACGGAGGCUGGACAUCCUGGAGCUCCUGGUCUCAGUGCAGUAGAGACUGCAGCCGAGGGAUACGUAGCCGUAAACGGACCUGUACCUCCCCUGAACCACGCCAUGGAGGACAGACCUGCCUGGGACCUGCUCAGGAGUACCAGGAGUGUAAUGUCACACCCUGCCCAGUGGACGGUAGCUGGUCGUGCUGGUCUGGCUGGUCUAAGUGUUCAGUGACGUGUGGAGGGGGACACUAUAUGAGGACGCGCACCUGCAACAACCCCCCACCAGCUUACGGAGGAGAUAUCUGUCUGGGACUGCACACUGAAGAGGCUCUCUGUAACACACAAUCAUGUCCAGAGAGUUGGUCUAACUGGUCUGAAUGGUCCCAGUGUGACAGUGCUGGCUCCCAGCUGCGUGUCCGUCACUGUGACAUCCUGUUCCCUACUGGAAACCAGUGUUCAGGAAACCACACCGAGACCAGGGCCUGCCCACCUGACUCCAACUUUAUACCAGAAGUGUCCAUUGCUCGUUCAAGUCAGGAGGAGAGAAGAUGCGGAGAUUUCAACCUGUUCCAUAUGAUUGCUGUAGGCCUGAGUAGUUCUAUCAUGGGUUGUUUGGUCACUUUACUAGUGUACACCUACUGCCAGCGCUACCAGCAGCAGUCUCACGAUGCUACGGUCAUCCACCCCAUCUCAGCAGCACCACUCAACACCUCCAUCACCAACCACAUCAACAAACUGGACAAAUAUGACUCGGUGGAGGCCAUUAAGGCUUUCAAUAAGAACAACCUGAUUCUGGAGGAAAGAAAUAAGUACUUCAACCCCCAGCUAGCUGGGAAAACAUACACCAACGCAUACUUCACGGACCUUAACACUUACGAUGACUAUUAACCCUUCGUUGGGCUACAGCACCGGGGAUACACACCCUUGUGCAGACAACAACCCCACUCCACUCGCUUUGACUAUGUCAUAUUUUUUUCUGCUUUGUGGUUUCUAAUGUAAUUUGUGACAUUUUAUGUAGGACCCUCCUACUCUGGGACACUUAGGCAGCUGCCAUUCAAUCAAAUUACAGCCAGACAGUGAUGUCAAAGGGACAUGCCCACUUUACUUUCCUUCAGGUGCUCUGAUGGGGUUCACUGGGAAUGUUCAACUUCGGAAAAACAAAAAACAACAAGAUCCUGACUUGACUCUCAAACAUGGAGACAACUGGAAUUUCGUUUUUUUCAUGGAAGGAAUGGAAAAAAGUUUUAAAAAAUUUAAAAAUAUAUAUAUAAAUAUAUAUAUAAAAACUUAAAGAGCUGUCUGAAUGGGAUGGAUCCCUCUUUGAUUUCCUGUGAAUUAUCUGAUUCCAGAACUGUCUGUUCUGGGGGAAGAAAACCACCUAACUGCUUUGCAUGAAUUCAUCUGACGUGUUUUUUCUGUCGCUCUGUUCAGUUUUGCAUGGUUGGUCACAUUCCCACUCCACUGGUCUGUAGCCCAAUAACUGCUUCGUCUAGAGAGAGGCUAUACGGACAUACCUGGUGCCCAAAUUGUUGACUUAUGUCGCGCAGCUGAGAGUCGAGUGAAGACAAACGGAUUCAGUUCAGUCAGUUGUCCUGAUGAGCCCUUCCCAGCUAGCUAGUUUGCUUGUGGCUAGAAACUUCAGCAAGAAUUUAAAACUUGUCUGCCGAAGUUGGGAUUUGGGAGUGUUCAGAAUCAUUCAGUUUUUAUAAUAACAAUAAAUAAAUAAAUAAUGGAGACGUAAUGCCGAAACUGUAGAUUUACGGUGCUUUAGCUGUCAUCCUGUCUUGAUAUUAGCUACACUAUCUAGCUACUUCCUUCUCCUAACUGCGGCAAGCGGGAGCGAAGAACACUGCCCCGUGUUGUGUUGCCGGCUUGUAGCGCAAACUCUCCCAAAUGAGCAGUGGACUGUAUCACUGUGACAUCCAUAUGGUCCAAUAGCCUUCAACUACUUUCUCCCUCGCCCAUCAAAAUAAACACAACUUUCUUUUACAAGUUGUAACUAGCGCCAUGCUGCUGCUGCUGGCUAGCCAGCAUAAACUAUCUAACGGGGAAGGGCUCAUCGGGAUGACUGACUGAACCGAAAUCAUCUCCACUGGACUCUCAGCUGCACAAUAUGUCAUCAAUUUGGGCACCAGAUGUGUCUGUAUAGCCACUCCCCUUCAUCUGCUUGUGCUAGGGUCCUACAGCGUAGCCCAAAUGGGGUGGCCUUAGUGAUGCCUGAUGAAUUUGACCCAACUACUAUGCUCAACGUUAGAUAGUCACGUGCUUAGCGUACCCAGGGUAGCUGUCACUCAAUAGCUACCCAAUUUUAGACUUUUGUUAAACCGAUCUAGUGCUUUUAACCAUCUACCUGUGACAGCUAUCGAUCAGAAUGUAGAUAUUUUAGAGAUGUGACCAUAUUUCUUUCUCUUACAGGGCUGGCGUCAGUUUAGCAGUUAGCAAUGGAUGAGAUAUCAGUGUACAAUCUUUUUUGCUUUUUGUUGAUGUUAUUGUACAGUGAGCUCAUUUAGAAGCAUAUAUAUAUGUCUCUGUAGCUUUCAUAGGUCCAUUUACUCAAUGUCAGUGUUAAAAAUAAUAAUUUUCUUUGUUUUUGCGAAGAAGUAAUGAGUUCAUGCAAGUAGAUUGGAUAAAUUUGAAAGAAAGAAUGGUCAGGAAUAUGUAACUAGAUCAUGCUUAAGCUGUCGUCAUAGAGGAGAGCGUGGGCAAUUGUAACACUUUUUAUAUUUUACUCUAUUCCUCAGAGACAACCUGAGCUAGGCCAGUCAUUUUUAUAUAUCAGAAACUAACAUUUGUCUCCUAAUCAUUCAUACCAUUUAUAUGUCUGUACAUAAGAUGGUCAGAUCCCAUCAUAGAUUUUAAUCAGAAAAGUCCUGUGUCAGGGGCAAUUGUAACAGUGGCAGGGGUCAAAUGUAACACCUAAAAUUAACCCAAGUAACAUGAUAAAUUAUCGUAUUAUCACAGACAUAUGUAAUGAUUUUGCAAUAAAUAUACGUAUUCUACGUAAGUAAUCAAUAUUUACAGUAACACCCUGUGCAUGGCCAUUCAGUUCAUCUCCAAACCUCUUGAAUAGUCUGAUAGUGCCCAGAUUAUAUAUUUUUACAACUUAUAUGGCCCUUUACAUAGGAUCCAAUGUUAGUUACUAUUUGUAUAAUUAUUUUAAAAGUUGAGUAAGUAAGACUUUUCUCCACAAAUGUACCAACAUUUAUAUUAUGCCGUAUGUAAAUAGUUUAUGAUUAGUGAAUGCCAUAAUGUAGUUACUUUGUUAGAUGCUUCUCCCUAUUAGCUGCAAUCUUCUUUUUUCAAAGCCAUUUUAGCGAUCACCCUAGCUGUUCGGACUGAAAACAUUUACAAAUCACGGGAAUUUGUCACACUAUGAUGUCGACUCCUUCCCCCUGCACUUGCCAUGGCAGGCCUGCUCCCUCCAUGCUUAAAGCCAGUGUGAGAAACGUGCUAGCCAGCAUUUGUGCAAUGAAACUAAACAAAUACGUCACUCAAAACAGAUACAAAACUUAUUUGCUAAUAAUAGUUUCAUUGGAAUUUGCAGCUGUUGUUGGUAAGUAAUGAAUCUGCUACCUUUGACAUGACUUACCUUAUCCAAGUUAAAAUCACUUGUUUUCAUAAGUUGUCUUCUUGGCUCAGGGUAAUUUUAACAUUGCAUUGCAAUUACCCCAAACCCUAGCAGCCAUGACAAAACCUCAUGUGCCUAACAAAAGAAAACAAUAGUGACACAUGUCAAUCAUGUCAAUGGUGAGCCAACAUAUAGUAAUGCAAAUAAUGCUAGUUUGAAUUCUUGGACAUUAAUGCUCAGGACAGUAUAAGAAAAAUACAGCUGCUGGAAAACAAAUACUUUCACCCCUAAACAAACAUUUGCCAAUAAAGUGUGAAAAUAGUGAGAUAUUUGGCUUUUCAAGCAGGGAGAGAACCUAAAUGGACAUGUGCUGAGGGAUUUUGAAUCAUUCUCUCUGAUUUCUGUGUGGAGAAAUUCAAGGUGUUACAGUUGCCACUGGUCUCCCCUACUUUGUAUAGUUUUUAUAAUUUUGGAAUUCAUAAUUUUGAAACUGUUUGUUCACAAUUGUUGAUUUGGCUGUGUGGCUUAAUGAAUUUAUUCUGUCUGGGGUUAUAGUAACGGACAUGGAGAUAGUGCUUCACAAACAUCCUUCUCCAGAACCCGAAGUGGUACUUUUCAAGGUGUAAUAUCUCUGUUUUGUUUAAAGAUGAUGUACAUCUAUAACUGAGUGAAAUAUUCAGUAUGUUGGUUUCUUCAAUGUUUUCAAUUGUAACUAACUAUUUUUUUUAUAUGUUUGCCUGUUUUAUUGUGCAUAAAUUAAAAACCGCUUGGUACACUU